AUGAAGACCAUAGAUCUAGCGGAGAACGAUCCGCUGACCCAUAUCAAGUUCGCUGAGCUAGCCAAGAUCAUAUUUAAGGCCCGCAAAUCAGCCGUGAUCACUGGAGCCGGUAUUUCAUGCAAUGCGGGGAUUCCCGAUUUUCGUUCUUCAGAAGGAUUGUACAAUUUAGUCAAAGAAAAACACCCCACGGCGGUAGUUAAGGGUCAGGAUCUAUUCGACAUCUCUUUGUUUCGAAGUAAGAUUUCCUUGGCGGUUUUCUGUACAUUUAUGGAAUCGUUAUACCUGUCUACACUUAGGGCUACUCCCACCGAGACACAUAAAUUCAUCAAAAUUCUUAAAGAGAAAAAGAAAUUGUUGCGUUGUUACACUCAGAACAUUGACGGAUUGGAAAGAAAUAUCGAGCUCAAAACAGGAGUCCGUUCCGACCAAUUUGAGUCGGGAAAAACGUUUCUUCAAUCAUGGAAAUCGCUCGAUGUGGUCCAGCUUCAUGGCGAUCUACACCACCUUUCUUGCACCCACUGCUUCCAUACUACCCAGUGGACGCCGAAGCACAAACUCCAGCUUUCCCAGGGCGAAAAUCCUGAGUGCCAAAAUUGUUUCAUGAAGUAUCAAGAGCGACUUUAUCUGGGCAAAAGAUUGACGGGAAAUAUCGGCCUUCUCCGUCCAGCGAUUGUGCUUUACGGUGAGAACCAUCCGCAGGCGGAAAUACUAGCACAGGGACUUAAUUGUGAUGUCAGAGCGAAGCCAGAUAUGCUUAUAAUCAUGGGUACAUCAUUGCGAGUCGAUGGUGUCAAAAAGCUCGUCAAAACAUUGGCUAGCGCUGUCCAUGAUAAAGGAGGAAAGGUGGUGUUUGUGAACAAAACACCGCUAGCAAAAACUACAUGGGAGAACAUUAUAGACUAUGAAGUUCUUUGCGACUGUGAUGAUUUUGUUGCGCAAUUGAAGUAUGAGAUUCCUGAUUUGUUCCUCACUCAAGAACAGCUAGACUCCAAGAGACUCAAAAACAAGAGGGUUAAGAGAGUGAAGAAGGAAUCUGACAGUGAGGAAAAAGAAGCUUCAAAAGAAGUAAAGAAAGAGAUCAACAACGAGAACUUACCAAAGGAAUUCGUCGGUUCCUUGCUGGUCGGUUUGACACCACCUACGACUCCCCACAAAAAGGGACCAGCUUUGAAGCGCAAGAGUCUGUCUGAGAAGCUAGUAUCCAGCAAACCCAAACUCAACUUUGAGUUGCCUACACCACUUUCGAGUUUUUCAGAAGCCGACGCUGAAAACUUCAAUGCGCUCAAAAUUAAAAAAGAAGAACGCGACUGCGAGCCGCUUCUGCUGGUGUGUAUCAACAUAGAAAGGAACUCGAAGCGACUGUUCCAGGAGGUAGAUAUGUACUAA